GCGAUGAACGAGCCUCUUUGGUAUACUAAUGAGUUGCGUCUGGAGUUGGGAGGAUGUGUCUGGAAAUUAUGCAAUGGAAAGAGAAGAUUUGAUUUACUUCAUUCUGAAUAUCAGUUACCAGUGGAAUGGAAAAGUAGUCCAUUUCUGAGAAGAGGGCCCAGAUAUUACAAUUUAAAAUACGAAGAAAAGAAAGGUAUAUACAGAAAAAGAGACGAUUCUGGAUGGUCUAAGUGGGGAAGAUGGGAUUGUCCGGUUACUUGUGGUGGUGGCAUCGCCGAAAGAGUACGAUUCUGCAGAGUGAGUGGACACUGCGACGGCCCCAGGAUAGAACGUAGGAAAUGUGCGGAGAACCCUUGUCCAGAGGGCGCUCCUCCAUUCAUGAUCGAUGAGGCGAAGAGACAAAUCUCUUACAGUACCACGAGCAUCCGGGUCCAGAAAGGGGAAAAGAUCCAAAUGGAUUGUGAGGGAAACAUGGCGAGAGAUAUCAAAAUAUAUUUUCGCAAAGCAAAAGGAAUUUGGUAUCAUAAUGAAGAAAUAUUCUACCCCGAGAAAGAAAGAGUUGGAUUACUAGAUAAUUACAAGUUGUACUUUGCCAAAGCUUUGUCAAAAGACAAUGGAGUGUGGUACUGCGAAACCAAGUUGGACCCCAAAGCAUCCAUAUACACUGCUGUUUAUACAAUUGCGGUUGAAAGCGACGUACCAGAUAUAGAAGUGAAGGUUGGCAAGUCCUUUUCCAUGCCAUGUAAUAAUGUUCCAUUGAGUAAAUUCUUCAGUCUCAAACUGGUGACUGAGUGGUACCACAAUGCGAGUCUCUACGAAAAGUUUGAGAAUUCGAAGCCAAAAGACGUUCAAGAGUUGGCGAUAAAAUCAAGUACUUUUGAAGACAGCGGUAUUUGGAUGUGCAAAGUCAAAGAGCAAGAUGAGAAGUCUGGACGUAUCAUUAGAGAAUGGGCAACUAACGUUGUCAGAGUGAAUGUACUGGAGUCAGGUGGUAAUACCCUUGAAGAAUAUAGUUUAGCCAUCUCUGUUAUUGCUUUGGUUUUGGUGUUUGUAUUAGGUAUUGUAAUUUAUUACUGCAUCAGGUCCAGAAGAAAACGUGCAAAGAAAAAGGUAAAAAUGUUAGAUGUAGAGAGAGGCUCUGCUGAUAAAAAAUCACAUGACCGAAGGAAAGGAAAACCUGGAGAGGGGCACCUGAAAGGAGCACCUAAGAAAAUAGCGAGAAAGGAACUGGAAAAACAAGCAAAAAAGGUACCGAAGAGAGACAUAGAAGCCAGAAAGAGGACUGCGAAACAGAAAGCUAAGAAAGAAAAGAAACCCCAGACCCCUAAAAGACGAUGAAAACCAACUCACAUA